AUGAUAUCUGAUCUGGGUAACGAAGAAAAGAAAAAAUAUCUUAAAUUUACAAGAAAAUGUCAUCGAACAAAAAUGACAAUAGAUGAUUUUGAAUCAACAAUGACAAAUACGAAACCAGUUGUUGAGUUUCGUUUAUCAAAUGGAAAUUUACCAUUUAAAGCAACAACCGUAGCGGGAUUAAGCCAUCGUAAAGUUCAAUGUAUCAAUGAUCAUGAAUUACAGCUUGAUCAAGUUAUAACUGCAUCAAUGCCAAAAAUACCUUCGGAUAUUUCUAUACGAACUUAUUGGCUUGCAAUCGAAGGUAAACAACCAACAAUCAAUGAAAAUCCGGAAAUACUUCAAAAGCUGAUCUAA